GCAGCUUUAGAGGCUGAACUCGACAACAAGCCCUCUCCGGCUGGCCCAUCACAGCCAGUUGUUCUUUUCUUUUCCCUCUCCCUCUUUUUUCCCCCCUUCUGUUUUUUCUCGCCCUCUGGCUCAGUCACAGUGGGAGUGGGUGUGUCGAUGCGGGCCAGUGUAGCCUAGUCGCUGCUUGUGCGCACUCUGAAAAAGAGGAAAAAGUUGAUGAUGAGUUUAGUGUGAAAGGGGCCCGCCUCGGAGCAGGCUAACCGUCCGGGAAUGGCAGUUUGGACCAGAGCGGACAAAAACGGUCAACUGGACCUUCUUCUCCGCGACCGCUGGAUCCGAGUGGCCGCCGAACUGUCCCGAGAAACUCUGACUUUAACGGCCGAAGCGGAGGGAACAGGGCAGGGGGGCAGCAACUGGGACUACAACAACUCUCCGGCAGGCCUGCGAAAUGGCAUGUCGAACGGAAACGAACCGGGAACGAGUCCGGGGAACCCCAGCCGCGGACUUUCCUCGGGUCAAGACCAACUCCAGAACCACGGGUGUCGGGGGCGCAGCGGCAGCCCGGGGCGCGGGGGUGCCAGUCGGGGUCAAUACGACGGCAACUAUGGUCUAAAUAGCUCCGGGAAGUACCCAAAUAACGGCACAAACUCUGACUUUGGAAGCCCCGGCUCCAGCUACGGAAGUCCCGGGUCCAGCUUCGGGUCGAGACAAGGCGACGUUCCCGUCAGUCUGGACGGCUCCUCGGAAGCUGUGCGCAAAGUCCGAGUUGUCAAACAGGAGUCUGGCGGGCUGGGGAUCAGUAUCAAAGGGGGGCGCGAGAACCGGAUGCCCAUCCUCAUCUCCAAGAUCUUCCCGGGGCUCGCUGCCGACCAGAGCCGGGCUCUCCGGGUGGGUGACGCGAUCCUGUCGGUGAACGGGAACGACCUCCGGGAGGCAACACACGACCUGGCGGUCCAGGCGCUUAAGAAGGCAGGAAAAGAAGUCACGCUGGAGGUGAAGUACAUCCGCGAGGUUUCCCCGCUCUUCAAGAAGCCGUCCCUGGUGGCCGACCUGCCGUGGGAUGGCGUCCGCCCACAGUCGCCCAGCUACAGCGGCAGCGAGGACUCCGGGUCCCAACACAGCAGCUCUCCCUCCUUAAAAGACAGAAAGGUCAUAAGCCUGAAGAUGUGCUUCAUCAGCAGGAACCUCACUAUGCCAGAUCUGGAGAACAGGCUGUUGGAGCUCCAUUCCCCAGAUGGCCAGCACACUGUGGUGCUGCGCUGCAAAGAUGGCCCUUCUGCCAACUCCUGGUUCACUGCCAUCCACACCAACAUUGCUGCCCUGCUGCCACAGACCCUGGCUCACAUCAGUGCUUACCUGGGGGCCUCAUCCUCUGCCUCCACACACCCCCAUCUCAAACACAUUGGCUGGUUGGCUGAACAGGUCCAGCUGGAGGGUGGACGGCAGCAGUACAAGCCAGUGGUCAUGGCACUGACAGAGAAGGACAUCCUGCUGUUUGAAUCAGUGCCGUGGAGCAGAGAGUCCUGGGCCAUGCCUCUGCUCACACACCCACUGCUAGCCACAAGACUGGUUCAUUCUGGCAACGCCCGGGGUUCUCCAGCUCAGGGUUCGGACCUGGUGUUCGCCACACGGACGGGCACAGGGCGGGGCAUCGAGUCCCACGUCUUCCGAGUGGAGACCCAUUGGGAUCUGUCUUCGUGGACGCGAGCCCUUGUGCAGGGGGCACACGCUGCCGCCGAGCUCAUCAAAGAAGUCUCCAUUGGUUGCACGUUGAACAGACAGGAUGUUCGUCUGACCCUGCACUAUGAGAAGGGCUUCACUGUGACGAGGGAGCCAGUAGAUCCAGCCGGGGGCGCCGUGCUCUACAGAUACCCCUAUGAGAAACUCAAAAUGUCUGCCGACGAUGGAAUACGCAACCUUUAUCUUGACUUUGGGGGCCCAGAAGGAGAAAUGGUAUUUGACCUCCACUCAGGUCCAAAGCCGGUGGUGUUUGUCCUCCACUCUUUCCUGUCAGCCAAGCUCACUCGUAUGGGCCUGCUGACGUGAAACAACCAACAACAGCAGCGUGGACGAGAGGGCGGGCCCAGGUACGCCGAGGAGUGGGAAGACCCUCCCAAAAGGCUGAUACCUUAGGGUUGAUUUUUAUUUUUACAUUAUCAUUUGAUUUUUGUUUUUUCAGUUUCUCCAUUCACAACCGAAGUUAGGCCUGGGGCGGCGCUGCAAGGAAGAUUUAACCCAUGAGUUGUAUUGUUGAUUGUCUCAGAAAUGUGCCUUGUCUUCCAACUUCUCCUCGGCCUCUUGCAAUCAUUUCUAUUGCAAAGUCAGGUAAAAAACGUGGCACUUUGCUUGAAGUCAUGAAGUGUUAGGAGGCAGUUACAAAAUGCAAAAAAUAGCUAUUAACAAUCUCAUAACAUUCCAUGUGAUAAUGUAUUUAAUUCCAUUAUGAUGAAAGAACAAACUAAAAACGCAAGCUAAGAUGCUGUGAUGUGCUUGUGAGAUUCCAUUACCAGUGCACUUCAAGCAAAGGGUUACUGAAAGGAAGGAUUUUUUUAGACAAUUGGUAAAUGUUCUCUCUUUUAACUCUAUGCCUAUCAUUCCAUGACAGCCUUCCAGUGUAUCUUUUUAACGUAUUUGUUUGUCUUUGUUUCGAUGUGAGUGAGAGAAGCUGUUUUAGAGUCAGAAUGCAGUUAAUAGAGCAGAGAUUGCGUGAAUGAAGAAAGCUCUCUGUGUUGGUGUGUGUGUGUGUGUGUGUGUGUGUCUCUAUACUGCACGCUUCUGUUGGCUUGAUAGUGUGCCUGCUGUCUCACCUUUUAGCACGUUAUCCCAAACUACUGUUGUAAUCAGGAUUGCCAACUGUGCCUUUUUACUUGUAGUCAAAGACACUCUUUGUAAUGUUUCCUUUUUUAUUUCACACAAUAAGAGAAUUUUAAGCUUUCCACAUGCGCAAGCAAUAGUAUUACUCUUAUAGUGUAAAUCAUGUUACUUUGUUUUUAUGUUGUUUGUUUUUAACGUCAGUGUAUAUGAUAGCAUGACUUCCUGACAUUGAACUCUGCAUCAGAUGAUGAUAUAUGACAUGGCCGUGUGUCACCUCCCCUUCUUGACCUACACUACCACAUUGUCUCCAUCUCAAAAUCAUCGCAUUCCACUUUGCUUGAGAUUACUCAUCUCUUGUUACCAUUCCUACAGCAUCACUUCUCUGGCUAAAGACUAGGUAACAAUGUAUUUUAAUAAUCUGAACUGUGGCGGUCAAAGGCAUCUCACCUGCUGUGAACCCCUGCAGUAGAGAAGUUACUGAACACAUCCGAUUUUUAGCUUAUUACAGUCUUUUUCUCACAUUUUAGUGUCAGAAAGAUUAUGAAAGUUUGAGAAAAUAAUAUUUACUCAAGGUCCACUUACUAGCUUUCUUUUGAAGCUUUCAGACGCAUCUCAUGCUCAGUUGUCAUAGAGGUAACUCAGCUGUGAUCACGUUAAGCAUGGAACUUAACUCACAUGAUAAUAGGUGUUUGUAUUUUGGGAGAGUUGGUCACCCCUUCUCUGUUUGAAGUUGGUUUCUGCUGGUCUCCUUUCUCCGGCCGUCCACUGACUCCCGGUCGAUGACCUAUAACCCAUUUCCAGUUGAUGCUGUGAAUGAGUUUUGUCAAGACCCGGGGAAAAAAGAAAAUUUUAUUUUACUCCGUUUUCCUGUGAUAACGGGAUAAUUAUCUUGUGAUCUCGAGAUAACGACUGUUGUUUUCUCGUGAUAAAAAGAAAAUUUUCUCGUGAUAAAGAGAUAACAAAACAGUAGUUUAACACGGGGGUUGGCAGGAAUGUUUCUUAAUGGUAAUUUCAAGGUGGUUUUAGUGUCACUGAUUAGCCUUUUCAUAUUCCUCUUCAUCAAAGUUGUUAUAAAGAUGACUGAUUCACAAGCUCACAAUUAAUCACGUGCUGGAGUGUGCGCAUCGAAAAUUGUUGUAAAGAAACGCACCUGCCGACCCCUAAUAUGAGCUACGGUUCGUUAUCUCGAGAUCACGAGAAAAUUAUCCCGUUAUCACGAGCAAACAACAUUCGUUAUCUCAAGAUCAUGAAAUAAUUAUCUCGUUAUCACGGGAAAACGGAGUAAAGUAAAAAUAUGAAUCGAUGGCGGCUUAGGGCUUCCGCACUAAUGAGCCGACUGGGGAUUGAAAAUGUUAUCUGCUGAGUAAGACUCAUUUAUUGAGAGAUUUUCUCCUACUUACGGUGAAGUGUAGGAGUAACCUUUAAGUUCAGCUCUCAUGUGAUCACAUGUUUGAUCACAUAUAUGUACAGAGCAGACACAGCCAAUCAGAGACAAGAAUUCAUCUUACAUCUGGCGUACUGUUCCGUUUUUUUACAAACAUUCCUAACUCUGUGAUACAGUAUGUUGUUCUGUUAGAACUUAAUUUUAAUCUUAAAAGCCCAUUUUAUUUGUGUCAACACAUUCAUAUCUCCAGUUGCAAAUAACAUGUGAAAUAUACAACAACACAAUAUAUUUAGAAUAUAUUAAAAGGGAUGAGAUAAGAGGGAAUUGGCUGUAAUCGAACAAAAGAAAAAUAAACUUCAGUAAAGAAAUGUUGUUGCAUGGUACAUGAGGUACAUCAGAAAAAAACAAAAAUAAAUAUUCAAUCAAAUGCUAAUAGCAGGAUAAAGAACUAUUCUGAAUGCGACAUGUUAACAUAUUAUUCAUCAUGAAACAUGUCUAAAGGUGUUGCUCUGUUUCUGUGCUGCAACCGUCGAAUCCACUCUUAACCAACUUUAGAGACAUCUGCAGUCUGUUUCCGGUAUCCAUUCAGUCCUCACUGUUCUAACAAUGUAGUGUGAGUGAGGUCACAUGAUGACAACUGAGAUGCAGUUGCAAGCUCUGUGCAAAAGCUAGUGAAAAGUCCGAGAGUUAAGGUUAUUCGUCAAACAAGCUCAAGAAUGAACUUUCAAGUGCUUAAGAAACCUUUUUGGAACUAAAAUCCCAUUGCAGACCUUAUGGUUGCUGUCAAUCAGUAACAUCCAAACAACCAAUUGUUUAUUUAUUUAUUUCACACAGGCCAGUACCCCUAAAUUUGGUAAAUUUUUGGCACUAAAAUCGAGGCGAGUUGAAGUUCGCUAAACCAAUUACAGUCUUCCCUUCGGUUCGUCUGCUCAGUCCAGUGCCUGUAUUGAGACUUGACUCUUUAAUGAGUUCAACGUGACUGUAAUUGACACAUUUUCAUAACCUUUAUUUGGUCCAUGGUACAUGUUGCUAAAGUGACCCUUCAGUAGAGUCUCUGUGUUCUUUUGGGUCUCAAACAAUGCAGCAUUGUGUCCACUGACCAUGCAACAUAGGAACACAAGGUAACCCUUCUGUCCUCAGACAGGGAGCGCAGUCAGAAUGGCCUCUUUUCUGUUUUAAAUUCUGUCGUCUUUGUGAUGAUUUGGCUUUUUUAUAAACCUGAAAAUGUGUAACCAUAUAUUCCUCUGGCUGUAUAGCUCUUUUUCAUGUAUAGUUAAUGAGUGGCUGUGUUAAAGGAGAAGCAGACUUUGCUUCCCUUAAAACAUUGUGUAUGUGGGAGGUUUGAGUUAUAUUUGGCCUGACAUAAAGGCUGGCUUCUGCAACAUUUAAAGCAAUAGUAAAGUGUUGCACGCCAUCAUCCUACUGUUUCACCACACUUUUCAUUUUGUGUUCUCUAACCCACUGAACAGAUCUGAUUGUCUGAAGUUAGUAAACCUUCAACAAGCUGCAGGCCGUCCCUCUUUGAGCUUGAUGCACUAACCUAUCAAACCCCUGUAAACCUGUGAAUGUACACCUCCUCUCUUCUUCCAGAUUAUUGUUUUUCAAAUCCUUUCUCUUUAUGUUCUGAAAUUGUGGCUAUCCUGUCUAUGCAAAGCAAUGCUUCAAAGAAGGGGUUUUUGAACCAAAGGUAAUAUCUGUGGCAGCUUGCGUCCAACACAAUCACUGAACUGUCACAAGAGUAUAAAGUGCUGCUGCAACAACCUGUCAUAUGCAAAGUAUUUUAGACUUCCAAGAUAUGGUAAACAAUGUAUAAUAGCAAUGUAGUAAUCUCAAAUGUAAAUACCUACCAAUAAAACUGUUACAAAUUACA